GGACACGGUGAGCGAUUUAUCCCGAAGCAGGAACGAAUCUAUCCCGGGAGACGGAGAGCGAUUUAUUCCGGGACAGGAGAGUCCAUUCAUCCCGGGAGACGGUGAGCGAUUUAUCCCGGGACAGCAGUGAAUCCAUCCCGGGAGACGGAGAGCGAUUUAUCCCGGGACAGGAGAGUACAUUCAUCCCGGGAGCCGGAGAGCGAUUUAUUCCGUCACAGGAGCGAAUCUAUCCCGGGAGACUCAGGACGUUUCAUCCAGGGACAGAGGAUUAAAUCCAUCCCGGGCCACACGGAGGGCGAUUUAUCCCGGGACGGACAAGAGAACCGAGCGGGGGACGGGAAGGCGAAUUGAAAGCAGAGGGGAGGAAGUGAGGUCUGAAGAUGCGGUGCCAGUCAGUAGGGUGGGAGGAAUUAGGGUCUGGGCGCUAGGGUCAGGAGUUGAGGUCGUGGUAGAGGAACUAGGGUCUGGAUGGAGACCUUGGGUCUAGGAUUGAGAUGAUGGUAUAGAAUUUGAGAUCUGUAUCUUGGGUUUAACGUUCAGAUUAUGAUCUUGGAGAUUGGGUCUGAAUCUUGGGUCUAGGGUUGAGAUGAUGGUACGCAAUUUGGGAUCUGAAUCUCGAUUUUAGCGUUGAGCUGACCCCUCUUCGGAAUCUUGGGUUUGGAGUUGAGGACCUGUUUCCACAUCUAGGAGGAGGGGGGACUAUCUCCACAGGUGAUGCCAAGGACCACGAUAUUGUCCCUGAGCUUGUGAGUCCCCAUUGACCUUAGGACCAGGAAGGUAUCUUGGAGGAGGUAGUGGUGGUGGGAGUUAUCUUGCUUUGGUCCCUCUCCCCAGUGGGCAGGGGUGGUAGGACCCCCAAACAUGACGUCCCUCCCCGUCUGGAAAGCACAGCUGCUGGAGAGGAAGAGGAAGGAUGAGGAAGAGGGCAGGAGGAAGGAGAAGGAGGAGAUGGAGAGACUGGCCAACAUCCCGGGCUGGAUGAAGGAGGUGAUGGAGCGGAGGAGGACCAGGUUGGGCUCCCGGCCCUGGCACUCGGAGGGGCACCAAGCCGGUGGGGGGAGGGGCGAGCCUCGGAGGGCGGACAACCUGGAGCCUGAGGGGGCAGUGGUCCGGGAGACCAUUGGCCCCGUCAAACGCAACCCCUUUGUACGUCAGGAGAAGCAGAGGAGGGGCCCCGGGUCGGGGGAGGGUCAGAGGUCACGGCCGGAGGUCAGCGAAAGCAUGGGGGUGAGGACCAUCCGGGCUGAGGGGGUCACCAUCCAGGAGGGUCUGGCAAUCCGUCGCCCGCCUCCAGCUGGACCCUCGAGGCAGCCCACCCCAGAGGCGGCUCUGACCAGGAGCGUUGAGGACCUCACUUCCUGGGGGAUGGGGGAGGACGAGAGAGAUGUUAAAGGGGAGGAGGAAGGGGAGGUCAGGAGGGGAAGGGUCAGGAGGCUCCUCAGCCGCUUCGGACAGAGGAGGGGGUUUGUGGCGCGGUCCCACAGCACCGAGAACGUCCCCCGCCGACCCCCCUCCCGUCCCAAGGUCCCGGUCAGCAACCCCCGGCCCCCUUCCCCUCCCCGGGCGGGCAACGAAGGUGGAACCCUCCUCCUGUUGGGAAAUAACAGGGCAUCUGCCCAUGCCCACCCACCUCUGCCCAGAGACCCCGAGAUUCCCAUGCCUCUCUCCCCGCCCAGGGUGGGUAAGAAAGAUGGGGCAUUCCCCAUACUGGAAGAUCCCAGGGCGCCCAUCUGUGCCAACCCUCCUUUGCCCAGAGACCCCGAAACUCCCCUCCCACCCUCUUCACCCCAGGUGGGCAGUGAAGGUCAGACACACCCCGCACUAGAAGAUACCAGGGUGCCCGCCCGUGCCAACCCACCUUUGCCCAGGGACCCCAAAACGCUGCGGCCCCUCUCCCCACCCUGGGUGGGCCACGAAAAUGGGCUGCUCCCCUCGCUGGGAGAUACCAGGGUGCCCGUCCGUACCCAACCUACUUUGCCCAGAGACGUUGAAACUCCCUUGGGUAACGAAGGUGAGACGCUCCCCACACUGGAAGACACCUGGGAGCCCGCCCUUGCCAACCCACCUUUGCCCAGAGAGCCUGAGACUGCCCGGCCCCUCUCCCCACCCCAGGUGGGUAACAAAGGCAGGACCCUCUCCCCACUGGGAGACACCCGGGUGCCCGCCCAAGCCCACCCCCUUUUGCCCAGAGAUCAGAGGGCCAUCCCGCCACCCUGGGUGGACAACGAAGGCGGGGAUCUUCCCAAACUGGGAGAUCCCAACGUGCCUGCCCUUGCCAACCCUCCUUUGCCCAGAGACGGCAAAACUCCCCUGCUGCCCUCCUCACCCUGGGUGGGUAACGAAGAUGAGACACUCCCCACACUGGAAGAUACCAGGGAGCACGCUCUUGCCAACCCACCUUUGCCCAGAGAGCCUGAGACUGCCCGGCCCCUCUCCCCACCCCAGGUGGGUAAUGAAGGUGGGACUCUUCCCAAACUGGGAGAUACCAGGGUGCCCGUCCUUGCCAACCCUCCUUUGCCCAGAGAGCCUGAGACUGCCCGGCCCCUCUCCCCACCCCAGGUGGGUAACGAAGGUGGGACUCUUCCCAAACUGGGAGAUACCAGGGUGCCCAUCCUUGCCAACCCUCCUUUGCCCAGAGAGCCUGAGACUGCCAGGCCCCUCUCCCCACCCCAGGUGGGUAACAAAGGCAGGACCCUCUCCCCACUGGGAGAUACCAGGGUGCCCGUCCUUUUGGCCAGGACCAUCUCGCCACCCUGGGUAGACAACGAUGGCGGGACUCUACCCAAACUGGGAGAUGUCAAGGUGCCCACCCAUGCCCAUGCCCAUGCCCACCCUGCUUUGCCCAGAGACCCCGAGGCUGCUCGGCCCCUCUCCCCACCUCAGGUGGGUCACGAAGGCGGGACUCUACCCAAACUGGGAGAUGUCAAGGUGCCCACCCAUGCCCAUGCCCACCCUGCUUUGCCCAGAGACCCCGAGGCUGCUCGGCCCCUCUCCCCACCUCAGGUGGGUCACGAAGGCGGGACUCUACCCAAACUGGGAGAUGCCAAGGCGCCUGCCCAUGCCCACCUUCCUUUGCCCAGAGACCAGGAGACCCCCGGUGCCCUCUCCCCCUCCCCACCCCAGGACGGGGGUCCCAGGAGGUCGCCCCGGGCACUGGCUGGGGAGGGCGAGCAGGGGGCGAGGGCUGAAGGGCCAGGGUGCGAGCACGGAUCUCUCCCCGGGCCCGGCAGCCGCUGGCGACCGCAGACUGAGGGCGACGCCUCCGCUUCUCCUUCCCCUUCCCCUUCCGAGCCGCCGCCCCCUCCUUGCAGCCGGGCUCCCCUCGCCGCUCCUCACGCUGCCGGCCAUGAGCCCCGGGACCGGGAGAGGGAGAGAGAGAGAGCCGGGGGAGAGGAGUUAGACCCCUGGGGUCUAGACCCUAGCAUGAACAGGCUCCACCGCGGGGCCGCGCCGCCUCCACAACGCAAGGCGGGCAGGACCAUCACCAUCAACCCCCGCAGGGCGGCGGAGAACGGGCUGUCAGCCGCCCCUCUACUGACCCAGCCUCCGCCCAACACCACCGCCGCCGCAAUCACCCCCGGCAAGAAGAGGUACCCAACGGCCGAGCAGAUCCUGGUGAUCGGGGGAUACAUGAGCCUGAGGAGAUCGUGUCUGGUGAAGGCCGGGAGCAGCCGGAGGAAGCUGAACAUCUCCUUUAACGACGGUGAGCUGGAGUCGACGUUUGAGUACCCGUCGGAGCUGGCGCAGUUGGCCGAGUUUGGGGCGGAGGAGGAGGAGGUGUCGUCGCCGCUGGCCCGCGAGCCCGAGGAGGAGGAGGAGGAGGACGAGGCACCCAUCUCUCGCCUGGAGGUGCCCGGCUCGCCCUUGGUGGGCAGGGCCAUCCGCAGGAAGCCACUUCUCGUAGACGAGAAUUGCAGGUGAUGUCCACACCGAUCUCCGCUUUAGUCCUGCCUGCUGCCAGGGGGACCACUUACCUCAAGGGGACAGAUGUUGGGAGGGGGAGCACGUGGACUUUCCUCCCCCUUCACCUUUGCUGCUGCUGGAGACGACUCUUUGAGCCCACGCUCUCAAGAAAGGUUCUUAACCACGGGACGUCUUUUCAAGACGGCACAACUCCUCCAGGCCCAAGUGAAACUCGCGUCCGCAGCAAGAGCGACAAACCUUUCCCUCGGACGAUUGAGGGACCACCGUGCCAUGCGUUUCCCUCGAAACAUUCGCUCCAAGCAGAAUCUCCCAAAUGCCAAUUCCUUGCCACAGCUUUGCGCAGCCUGGGUUAUUUGAAUUUCUUCAGGAACGAUCGGCUUCUGCAAAGAAGGACAGACAGUUGUCACGACGAUUGAUGCCAGCGAGGGGAUUCGGCGGUAUUUAUUCCCCUGUGAUAUUGUGCGUGUGUGUGUGUGUGUGUGCGUAUGUGUGGCUGGAGGCAAUUACUGUAUUGUGACAUGCGGGCGUAGGAUUAGCAGACCCUUCCCGCAAAGGGGUAGCUUCCUCCCCAGCGCCUUUUGGGGGUAGGGAUGACGUCAGUGGCAGGAGUGAGAUGAAGAUGACAAUUAUCUCUGCUUUUGGUUCGGUGGAGAGUGGAGAGGAAUGAGAGGAGGUUGGUUGGGGUCCUGGGACCAUUUUCCGACGGAGGUGCAGGGUGAUUUUUUUUUCUGGAUUCCCCGUGAGGGCCUGUUUGAGAGGGACCAACAUGGAGCUCCAAACACCAACACCAACUGCGGCCCCCCAAGAGGACAAUUGGGUCCAUGGCGGACACACCAAGAAGAUGAUUUGGUGCAUGGUGGACCUCCCCAAGAUGAUUAUCUCAAUAGGUACACAAAAAAGCCAGAGAAACUCAGCGGGUGCAGCAGCAUCUAUGGAGCAAAGGAAAUAGGCAACGUUUCGGGCCCAAACCCUUCUUCAGACUUGCUUUUUUGUGUACCUUCGAUUUUCCAGCAUCUGCACUUCCUUCUUGAACAACAUGAUUAUCUCCAUGGUGGACCUCCCCAAGAAGAUGAUUUGAUGCAUGGUGGACUUCCCCAAGAGGAUCAGGCCAACAGUAGAUCUCCCCAACAAGAUUACUUGGUCCCUGAUGGGCCUUCCCAAGAUGAUCAGGUACAUGGUAGACCUCCACCUGAAGAUUAAUUGGUCGAUGAUGUAUCUCCCUGAGAAGAUCAGCUCCAUGUUGGGCCACCCCAAGAGAACGAUCAGGCUUGGUUCUUGGUUCUUGGUUUCUUGGUCCUCCAAAACAUUCCAAAUGGAAUUUAAACUGGAGGUGGUGGAGGGAGGACUUAAGCCAGAAAGGGUUAUUGGGAAGAAAGAGCUACUUUAAAUUUAGUUGCAUCUGGUUGGGUAACUAUAGUUGGGUGGAGAUUAUUCCAUGCUUUAAUUGUGCGGGGGAAGAACGAAUUGUUGUACACAUCUGUCUUUGUAGCUGGGAUCACAAAUUGGAUCGAAUCUCGGGGAGGCUCAUGGUGAACCUCCCCGAGAAUGAUCGGGCCAAUGCUGGACCUCCUCAAGAAGAUGAUCAGCUCCAUGGCGGAUCGCCUGAAGAAGAAUCAAUUAGACCAUGGUAGACCUCCCCCGAGAGAAUGCCCAGGCCCACAGUGGGAGGGCCAUGAGUGAAGAGAGCUCUCUGCAGACACGUGCCUGAAUGCGUGAGCAAAACACAAACUUCUGGAGGAACUCAGCAGGUCGGGCAGCAUCUGCGGAGGGAAAUGGACAUUUUGGGGUCAGACAGAUAAAGGGCCCUGACAAACUUCCCCCCCGCCCCCCCCACCCAUUCCCUCCACAGAUGUUGCCCGACCCGCUGAGUUCCUCCAACACUUUGUGGCCUAUUGCUCAAAAUUACAGCAUCCACCAUCGCUUGUCCCUCCACUGUCUGACGACUUGUUCUCCAACCUUUCGCCAACAGCUCACCGCAAGCAAACCUUCGCCAAAUCACCUCAAUCUCUUGCCUCGCUAUCUGACGGUGCUGGUUCAGCUUGUAACCUCAUUCCUCCUCCCUUCUCCCUCUCCCUCUCUCUGUGCACGACAGCAUGCUAUGGUUUGUGGGGAAAGCUAUUAGCAGCAUGGUUAGAGAGAGAAGGAUCACCUGGCUUCUUGACUGUGUUUGCCUGAGAUGGAUGGAUAUCAACAGGGAACAAAACAAAAUAGAAACAUAGAAAAUAGGUGCAGGAAUAGGCCAUUUGGCCCUUUGAGCCUGCACCGCCAUUCAAUAUGAUCAUGGCUGAUCACCCAACUCAGUAUCCCAUCCCUGCCUUCUCUCCAUACCCCCUGAUGCCUUUAGCCACAAGGGCCACAUCUAACUCCCUCUUAAAUAUAGCCAAUGAACUGGCAUCAAAUACCUUCUGUGGCAGAGAGUUCCACAGAUUCACCACUCUCUGUGUAAAAAAUGAUUUUCUAAUCUCGGUCCUAAAAGACUUCCCUCUUAUCCUUAAACUGUGACCCCUUGUUCUGGACUUCCCCAACAUCGGGAAUAAUCUUCCUGCAUCUAGCCUGUCCAACCCCUUAAGAAUUUUGUAUGUUUCUAUAAGAUCCCCCCUCAAUCUUCUAAAUUCUAGCGAGUACAAACCGAGUCUAUCCAGUCUUUCUUCAUAUGAAAGUCCUGCCAUUCCCAGGAAUCAGUCUGGUGAACCUUCUCUGUACUCCCUCUAUGGCAAGAAUGUCUUUCCUCAGAUUAGGAGACCAAAACUGUACGCAAUCCUCCAGGUGUGGUCUCACCAAGACCCUGUACAACUGCAGUAGAACCUCCCUGCUCUUACACUCAAAUCCUUUUGCUAUGAUCACCUGGCUUCUUGACUGCGUUUGCCUGAGAUGCAGGACGGAUAUCAACAGGGAACAACACAAGAUGCUGGAGUAACUCAGCUGGACAGGCAACAUCCACAGAGAGAAGGAAUGGGAAUCGGAAACAUCGUCCAUUCCUUCUCUCCAGAGAUGCUGCCUGCCUCACUGAGUUACUCCAGCAUUCUGCGUCUAUCUUCGGUGUAAACCACCAUCUGCAGACCCUUCCCACACAUUUCGUCAACAGGGGCGAAAAUGUGUUUCUCUGACUCAGGAAUUCUCCCCCACUCCCCGAAAAUUGCAGCAUCCCUUCCGGCAAAUCAGCGAUUUGUGUCCCUGUUUGUAUUUCACCCCAAAUCCCUCUUCCAAUAAUUCGAACAGCAGUAGGAGCCGUCCAUGAGAUCGUACUGGGAGGUUAACUUCAUGGUGAACAUCCCCAAGAAGAUGAAAUAGUGCAUGGUGGAUUCUGACCGCCCCUCUGGUUGAGAGUGGCCGCCAUCAACCUCCGCGCGUGUUGAGUAGAUUCCGGAAUCUUCCGUGACUGCUCGGUGGGGGAGGUAGGGGGCAUGGUGGGCUGAAACCCCAGCAUCCCAAUCCGAAAGUGAUGUUUCAGGUCUUGCAGCCCAUUUGCAGUCUUCCAAUCCAUUCCUGGCAUUCCCGACUCCUGGUUUACAAGCUGUUAUGUUUUUAUAUGUGUUUUUACAAUUGUGUUAGCCAUAGUGGACUUUGUACAAGUAUAUUGUGUGUGUGUGUGUGUGUGCGUGUUUUGAUAUGAGUUUUGUAUGGACAGUUUGACAUUGCACGCCAGCACCUCUCUCUCACCUUCCGCCUCCUUGGAAGUGUAUUCACACAAAAACCUCAAUAAAAUUUUGUAACUGGC